CUGGGCUGACCUGGCCAACCCGACUUGCGUGGGGUGAGUUCACCGCGGUUUGGAAAGUGAGUGUCCUGGCGGGGCAGAGCGGGGCCGGGGACCGCUGCCCGGGGUCUGGAGUCUGAAGUCUGAGCCCGCGUUAAUGGCUGUAGGUUCGAGUUAAUCUCGGACUGCCUUCUGAGGUCCGGGUCUGAGUCUGGGGGCGACCUUCUGCGUGCCGUGGGAGGUCCUGAGAUUACGGUCAGCUCUCUGGGCAGCGCUCUGGCCUCUUGGACAUCUGCUGCUACGUCCGGAGUCCUCGGUCUAAAGUCUUGAACGUGGAUGAUGCCGGUAUGAACCUGGGGUCCAGGUAUGGAAUUUGUGACGAACCCCCAGACCCCCACAGGGCCCCCAGCCAUGGACGUGGGGGAGCCCAGGGACACUCUUACACACUCUCAGGACCUUGCCCCCGCCGGCCAGUGCGACCAAGUGCCUGCAGGCCCCAGCAGCCUGAGUCAGAUGGAACUUGACAAGCCAAAUAUUCAAGACUUGGUGCAACAGUUUGAGGCUUUGCCUGGUGAUCUGGUGGAUCUGUGCCCAGAUGGACACCCCUGUCCCCUGCACAUUGCCACUGGCCACGGCCUGGCCCCUCAGGACUCGUCUACUGCCCAUGGGCUGUUGUCCACUGAGGCUGGCCGAGAUGAUCUGCUGAACCUUUUGCACCUCGAAGAGUGCCCUUCUUCCCAGUCUUCAGAAUCUGCUCCUCACCUGUUGCAACCCCCUGAAGACGCAGAUGCGGAUACUGGUCCCCCGGAAUGGGAGGAAGGAGCCUGUGCUGAACAGGAUGGCAGCAGGAGCUCGAGCAGCUCCCCAGAACCCUGGCUGGAAACCGUGCCUCUAGUUGCUCCUGAAGAGCGACCCGCUGGUGCCAAGAGCCCCGAGACCCCGGCUUCAUACCCUGCCCUACAGGAGGUACCUGGUCCCUGUGACCACGAAGACCUCCUAGAUGGUGUCAUAUUUGGGGCCAAAUAUUUGGGCUCCACCCAACUGGUGUCUGAGCGGAACCCACCCCCCAGCACACGCAUGACCCAGGCCCAGGAGGCAAUGGACCGUGUCAAGGCCCCCGACGGGGAGAGCCAGCCCAUGACGGAAGUGGACCUCUUCAUCUCCACCAAAAGAGUCAAAGUUCUGACAGCCGACUCCCAGGAGGCCAUGAUGGACCACGCCCUGCAGACUGUCUCCUACAUCGCCGACAUUGGCAGUGUGCUGGUGCUCAUGGCCCGGCGGCGGCUGGCCCGCCCGCCCCCACCCCAGGCCGCAGGCCGCCGGCUCUACAAGAUGAUCUGCCAUGUCUUCCACUCCGAGGACGCGCAGCUGAUCGCCAGGGCCAUCGGCCAGGCCUUCGCCGUGGCCUACCACCAGUUCCUGCGGGAGAAUGGCCUUGAUCCCAGCCAGGUGGGCUCCGGGCAGAGCCAGGGGGCCGCCGGCCCUGGCCAUCUGCACAACGGCGACCUGGACCACUUCUCCAACAGCGAGAACUGCCGGGAGGUGUGCAUCGAGAAGCGUCGUGGCGAAGGCCUGGGCGUGGCCCUGGUGGAGUCAGGCUGGGGCUCCUUGCUGCCCACCGCCGUCAUCGCCAACCUACAGCACGGGGGCCCGGCUGAGCGCUCAGGUGCCCUGAGCAUCGGGGACCGCCUGACGGCCAUCAACGGAACCAGCCUGGUGGGGCUGUCCCUGGCUGCCUGCCAGGCCGCCGUCCGCGAGGUGAAGUCACAGACGCUGGUGACCCUCAGCAUUGUGCACUGCCCGCCGGUCACCACGGCCAUCAUCCGCCGGCCCCACGUCCGCGAGCAGCUGGGCUUCUGCGUGGAGGAUGGCAUCAUCUGCAGCCUGCUGCGGGGCGGCAUCGCGGAGCGCGGGGGCGUCCGGGUGGGGCACCGCAUCAUCGAGAUCAACGGGCACAGCGUGGUGGCCACGCCGCACGCCCGCAUCAUCGAGCUGCUCACCGAGGCCCACCUCGAGGUCCACAUCAAGACAAUGCCGGCCGCCACCUACCGGCUGCUCACAGGCCAGGAGCAGCCGGUGUACCUGUGACCAGUUGCAGCUACCAGUGACCCCACCACUGUGCCUUAGCCCCCUCCGGCCCUCCGGGGCUGGCCAGGGCCCCAAAGCACUCAUGGCU